AUGGAAGGAUUUAGAACGGAGCUUCACUUAGUUGUGCACUAUUGCCAGCUUAACAUUAUCACAAUCCAAGACAGGUUUGCCCUGCUAAAACGGAAAGAGCCGAUUGAGAAACUCUGCCAUGCCAAAAUCUUUACAAAGCUGGAUUUGAGGAAGGUGUACCCUAACAACAGAAUCAAGGAGAGCAAAGAACGGAAGCCUGCACUUUUCACUGUCAUUGGUCACUUGACUUCCCCAGUCAUGCAAUUUGUUCUCAGCAACAACCCUGCAGCGUUUGUGUGCUUCAUGAACUACAUAUCUUAUAAUUUGCAUAAUAUUUCUGUGGUUGUUUAUUUGGACUACAUGUUGAUUUUCUUAAACUCAAGGAAAGAAUAUUUGGAACAUGUCAAAGCUCUGUCUUGCCUCUAG